GGUUGAAUAUUUGAAUUGCGUGCACAUUUUAUUAGUUGAAGAGCGAGAGCAAGUUCAAGCAUUUCAGUAGUAGUCCAAAAUGUUGCUCGUUUUCAUUCCUAACUGUGCAUUUAAUUAAAAGUGAACAUAAGAAAGAAAAAAAGAAAAGAACAAAACUAAAAUUAACCAAAAAAUUAAACCCGUUUUUAUGUUAUAUUCGAAUUCAAGAAACCCCAAAAAAUCCUCAAGUCCUUUGUGCUUUGUGUAUACAAAUAAUUCAAUCAAUUUUUCUCCAUCAGCAACCAUCAACCAUCGAAGGAGCUCUUAUAUGCACAUUCGAGAAAUCCUUUAACCCUUAAUUUUUUUUUUAGAAAAUCAGUGUUUGUGUAUAACAAGUGAACGCAUAAUCAAAGCUCCUUCAGAGUUUUUCAAAAAAAAAAUUGAAAAUAAAAAUAAAACAAGGUCCUUUAUAUUUUUGAAGUUAGUUUAAGGAAAGAUGCCAAGAGAAAAUGGCUUGAAAAUUGAAAAUUAAGAAUUAAAAAAAAGAAAAUGCUAAUUAGACGAAGAAGCAGAAGUGGCUAAGAGGAGAGGACCACUUUACCGUUAUCGUUGCUGUUGCUGUUGCCUAUGCCGUUGCCUGUUUUGUGGAAGUGGAAGUGAAUUUCGGUUAAAACAACAACAACACACACCCGUUCCAUUGUCGACGACUACGGACGGACGGACGGACGGGACGACCACUCUAACGGUGCAAGGAAAGGAACGAACGUACGAACGAACGAACGAACCAAGCAAAGAAGAAAAUUCGCCCAACUUAAUAGGAGGUAUAUCGAUUUUCACACAAAAAUAUGGCGGAUAUAUAUAAGCAAUGGGAUAGACAGAGACAGAGCACUGUUUUUUGGACCGAUAAAAUCCGAUAAAUUCCACUAGAAAGUGUAAAAGUCUCUCCUUUAUUUUUUAACCGUAUUUUUCUGGUGUCGUCCAUAUUCGUUGUAUUCUCUGUGUUUCUUUUAUUCCAAAAAAUUGGUUUUCGUUCGUUAUUUAGUCGGAAAUUCAAAUCAAAUUGCGGUCGUUUAGUGCGGUUUCCGGUUAAAGAAAAAUAAAAAAAAAAAGAAAAUGUCGAAAUAAAUCGUUGCCAGAGUCCGAUUCUGUAAUUCAUAAAAUGAAAAAGAAUAAUUGUGUGAAGUUUAUUUUGCAUGCCAAGUCGUUAACCGAUUUAUUUUUCACGGUUAACUGCACUUUUCCCGUAAUGUGAGGUGAUGUGAGGUGAGGUGAAUAGAAAAGAAAAAAAGAAGAAGCUUAAAAAAAGAGGAAGUUCUCUGCUGCUGGUGGCUAAUUAGAAGCUCAGAAGUCACUCAGAACUGCGAGCGAGCAUCUUACGUAAAAGGAUUCGCGGCGAAGAGUGCACUCGGGAAUUUAGUUUUAGUUUUUGUCUUGGUUUUUUUUUCGGUCGGAUUAAGGAACGAAAAAGGACGCAAGGAUUAAGACAGACGUGCGGAUAAAAGUGUAUUGGUCGCGAUUAAUCGGGCUUUUGGGGUUUGGGCGGGGGUUUUAAAGGGUGUUCUUUUUGUGUGUAAAAAAAAAGGAAAUACCGUGUGAUCUUGAUGCUCCUUAGACAGAGGAUACAGAAUCAAAAGAAGAAUAUAAAUAUACUCAAAUUACAUAAUAAUUGAUAUUACGCUAAUAAUCGAACAAGGACUUGGUGAUAUUUAAUAAACAAAAAUUAAUUAGUUUAAAAUAAAAAUUAAAGAAACAAAAAUAAUUAACAACCACCCUGUUGUAUGGAAAUCUUGUUGCUACCGUUAACGUCGUCGUUUCCGUUGUUGUUGGAGGCAGCUGUCUUUGUCUGGUUUUACUGUAGUAGCUGUGGCGGCAGUUAUAAAGGAAUUGGUGGAAAAAUUAGAAAUUCAAAAUGCAAAAAGAAAACAAUUCAGCCCCGGAAAAUCAUCAAUUUGUCGGACCUUACCGGUUGGAGAAAACCCUUGGCAAGGGUCAAACUGGUCUGGUUAAACUGGGUGUACACUGUGUGUUGGGAAAGAAAGUUGCCAUAAAGAUUAUCAAUCGAGAAAAGUUAAGCGAGUCGGUUUUGAUGAAGGUUGAACGUGAGAUAGCUAUUAUGAAAUUGAUAGAUCAUCCCCAUGUCUUGGGGUUGAGUGAUGUCUAUGAGAACAAGAAGUAUCUCUACUUGAUAUUGGAGCAUGUAUCCGGUGGUGAAUUGUUUGAUUAUCUUGUUAAGAAAGGACGUCUAACACCGAAGGAGGCAAGGAAGUUCUUUAGACAGAUUAUAUCGGCAUUGGAUUUUUGUCAUUCACAUUCAAUUUGUCAUAGGGAUUUAAAACCAGAAAACUUAUUGUUGGACGAGAAGAAUAAUAUUAAAAUUGCUGAUUUUGGAAUGGCAUCCUUACAACCGGCUGGAUCAAUGUUAGAGACAUCAUGCGGUUCACCACAUUAUGCUUGUCCAGAAGUUAUAAGGGGUGAAAAAUACGAUGGAAGGAAAGCGGAUGUAUGGUCGUGUGGCGUUAUCCUGUAUGCCCUGCUUGUUGGUGCUCUGCCGUUCGACGAUGAUAACUUGCGUCAACUUUUGGAGAAAGUCAAACGUGGCGUGUUUCACAUACCGCAUUUUGUGCCGCCCGAUUGCCAGAGCCUGCUGCGAGGAAUGAUUGAAAUAAAUCCCGAGAGGAGAUUAACUUUGUCGGAAAUCAAUCGGCAUCCCUGGGUAACGGCUGGCGGGAAGGGCGAACUCGAACUGGAGCUACCCAUGAUGGAGGUGGUGCAAACACACGUUAUACCCUCGGCGUCUGCCGUCGAUCCCGAUGUAUUAAAUGCUAUUUGUUCGCUGGGCUGUUUCAAGGAGAAGGAAAAACUCAUACAGGAGCUGCUCAGUGCUAAUCACAAUACAGAAAAGGUGAUUUACUUUUUGCUUCUCGAUCGAAAGAGACGACGUCCUGCUCUGGAGGACGACGAGGAGCUUGCAAAACCCCGCGCUGAAAUGGACACUCUGGAUCCACCAAGGAAACGUUUGGACACAUGUCGGAUAAAUGGAACGAAUUCUCCGACUUACGGGCAGAUUAGUGAAGGAUCUCCAUUGACACCAAGGAGACAAGCUUUUAAUUUCCGCUCCUAUAGCAGUUCCCGAAAUCACCAGCGUCGCUCACCUACUUCGGUUUCCUCCGUACGCUCAUCAUCAUAUCAUAGUCCGACACGGUGUAGCUCACCAAUCAACUCUUCACAGGCAAAUGUCAUCUCAAGGCCGUCCUCCCCAGCUCCAGGCACCCACUCAUCGAGACACUCUUCAUACACUUCUACGUCACAAUCGUCGAAUGCCAAUCGGACGGGCUCCCAGCAGACUUCUACGGUCUCAUGUCCAGGAAGCGGAGGGAGUCCAACAUCAGCAGCAGCAGCUGCUGCUGCAGCGGCAGCUUCGGCUCAAGCAGCAGCAGCAGCGGCUCAGGCAAAUGCCCAUCAUCGUGCUAAUUCUGGGCCAACAAUUGCCAUAAGUGUAUUUCAAGAUCCCGAAGCUAAUAGUGUUGUCAUGAACCCCACAGGAUCACCCCUUUCAAAUAAUGGUUCGCCAGUAAUGCCCGGUUCAGGGUGUAAUUCCCCUGGCGGACAAUUGUGGAAAACUCGUUUAACGAAUAUUAAAAAUAGUUUCUUAGGUAGUCCAAGAUUUCAUCGGAGAAAAUUACAAGUCUCUGCUGAUGAAGUCCAUUUAACACCGGAAUCUUCACCGGAAUUAACGAAACGUUCGUGGUUUGGAAAUUUAAUUACAACGGAAAAAGAUGAAACUUUUACAAUUUUGGUUAAAGGCAAACCUAUAGCGACGGUCAAAGCACAUUUAAUUCAUGCAUUUUUGUCCAUGGCGGAACUCUCCCAUAGUGUUGUAUCGCCAACUUCCUUUCGAGUUGAAUAUAAACGAAAUGGCAAUGGUCCUGUGAUGUUCCAACGACAUGUUAAAUUUCAGGUUGAUAUAAGUGCCAUAUGUAAGCAAGGUGAUAUUGCUGAUAUGUUAUUUGCUUUAACUUUUACCCUAUUAUCAGAACGUCUUUCAGGCAACAUUCGACGUUUUCGAAGAAUUUGUGAACACAUCCAAUCGCAAGUGUGUUCGAAACGUUAUCCAGGUCCUAGUAGUCCACCAAAUAUUCCAACAGUAACACAAGCUGUAUCGGAAAGUUCCUCAUGUGGUUCUGUUUCUAGUGAACGAUUGUGUUUUAAAAGACAAAUUGAAAACGAACUAGAAAGUGAUAAUAUAUUCACAUAUAAGUCAGGAAAUGGCCGGCGUGCAUCGACUACGAAUAAUAAUAAUGCUAAUCCAGAUAUUCCUGGCAGUCCAAUUGCUGUGAGAUCAAAAUUGCUUUCCAGUUCUGAAUCCGCUGAACACGACCGAAAUCGCGAUCAUCAAACCGAACAGCGUCAGGCGACAACAAUGUCCGGAAGUGCAAUAGCAUGAGAAUUAUUUCUCUGAUUUAGUUCAAUUUUUGAAUUAUUUUUUUGGAAACCAAAUAAUAACCAAGACAUCAUCAACAAUAGCAGCAACAAUAAUAACUUCAACAACAACAACAAUACCAAUGACAUCAACGAUAAGCUAUUUAUCAAGUCAACUUCUUCAACUCCAACCAAAUCAACUAGAAAGUCAAAAAAACGAACGCGAAUACAUGACAGCAACAAUUUGUUGCAUUCAGAGCAAUCGUUAACUUCAAUGUCAUCGCACAGAAGAUCUGGAGCUGGACGUCGUCAUUACAUCGCCGCUGGAUGCCGAAUGGAUGCAUUGUCAGAGGACGGAAGUGACUAUAGUACACCAUCGGAUGUUGCAACAGAUGAAAUUACAUCAUCACCAACAACAACUACAACAACACCUAAUCAAAGUAAUUAUAAUGCACAUUUUCGUCGCCAAAAACAACAAUUGCAAUUGCAGCAAAAACAAAUGCAUCGUCAAUUGCAGUUGAAACUCAAACAACAACAACAACAGCAACAUCACCAACAACAGCAGCAGCAAGCCAAUAGCUUAGUACUGAAUGCUUCCAUUGGCUUUGUGCGUUUCUAUUAUUUCUAUCUCCUUCUAAUAAUAUCUGUAACUAUUGUAAUUAUAAUAAUUAUGAUUGCCGCCAAUUUCAAAAGUAUUAGCAAAAUUUUUUAUACGCCCACCACUAUGACCACGCCCACUAUAAAUAAAUUUAGAUGCACUCAAACUAUUUCUACUUCAACUACUACUAGUACUUCUACUACAACUUCCACCACCAGCCCUAAACAUGACAGCUGUUCUAGCUUAAACACAGCGCCGCCGCCGGCUAAUGAUGGCAGUUUUAACGAACUUUUACUACGUUUAUAGAGUACACACAACAACAACAAAAGAUAUAAAUAAUUAUGUAAUAAACAACAAAAGUAUUAUGCAAAUAAAUUAUACCUAAAAUUAUAAAAAAUAUUUAAAACACAGGGUGUCUCGAAAGUGUGGGCAGCUUUGCUAUAGUUUGCUGUCGAAUAUUAUAUAAGAAAAACAAAAAUGCUUUAAGUCCCGGAAAACAAAUUGAAAUUUCAGUUAGUAAAAAGCCUUAAAUAAGAAUGCGUUCCAUGUUCCAGAUUAUUUUUAUACAGCCACGAAAAAUCCCCAUUUUACAUGGAUCUCUUCUAAAAAUGUCCUCAAAUCUCCUGCGCUGCUUCUUAGCAACAGCCCUCACCUUUGCGAGCUUACCCUGUAUAAAAUUUCAAAACUAUUAUCCACUACACUUAAUCCAAAAUACGCGCGCGCUAUCUGGUGGCGAAUAUAUUUUAUAUACAAAAAUAAAACCUUCUUCUUAUCUUUUUUGCAUUGAGCUUUACAGAUAAAUAAAAAAAAAAGAAUUAAAAUGACAAACAAAAUUAUUAUGCAGGACGAUCAUACAAAAGCAAGAAAUUUAAUUUAUUUUUUUUUUACAACAAAAUAUAAAUAAAAUAUAUUUAAAAAUAAAAAAAACCUAUGCCAUUGUAAUUAUUAAAUAAAUAAAAUUAAAAUUAAUCCAUGCAUAUGAUUAUAAUUAAAAAUUUAAAUGCCUAAUACAUAAAAUACCAAUGAAUGAGAAUAUUAAAACAAAAUUAAAAUUAAAAAUAAAGAAUAAUUGAAAUUGUUAGCUUUUUUGAAUAAGAUUGUAAAAUAUUAAAUUUAAAAAUAAAAUUAAAACAAAAACAAAAAAAUUACACUUACCUAUGAAAAUUAUUGUCCUAUACCGUAAAAAUAAAAAUUAAAAUAUAAUUACUAUUAUUAUUAUACAACAACAAAAGAAAAAAGUAAAAAUUAAGAACAUUAUUUCUUAUAAUAUCACAUUUUAACAAAACACACAAAAACCAAAAAACCAAAAACACAGCAUCAACAUUUACAAUAAAGUAAAAUUAAUAAAAAUUGGAAGUAAUGACGCCAUCUAUGAACGUAGUAAUUGUUUACCAACAAGAUCCUUUUUUGUUUUUAAAUUAUUUUAUUAAAUUCCUUUUUAAGUUAAAUUUUUAUUUCUUACUUAUUUUAAUUUCUAGAAAAUUUAUGAAAAUAAUUAAAAACAAAUAAAUUAAAAAUAAUUAUCAAAAAAAAAGGAUACAACAUUUUUUGACGAUAUUUGCGAGUAUGCUCACCGAAGGACUUGUAUAAUGUAUAUGAUAUUAAUUAAUAAAAAUGAAGCAUUAAUCACAAUUUAAACAACAAAAAUAAAAUUAAAAAUAUAAUUAAAUAUAAACAUAAAUAUACAUAUGAUUAAAAACAAAUUAUUAUUUUUAUUAUGUACGUAAAAAAAAUAUGUAAAAUUCUUUUGUUUGUUUAUAGGUUACAUUUGACAAUAUAAAAAAUAAAACAAAAAAAGAAUUAAGUGAGAACAAAAGAAAAACUAAGGAAAAAAGAAUUAAAUAAUAAACAAUUAUUUGUAUUAUUUUAUUUAUUGUUUUAGUUUUUGUGCUAAUUGUUAUAUAUAUACAUAAUUAAAAAAAAUAUAUAUAUUUUAAGCUUUUUUCAAAUCACACUCGUUUUGCAAUACA